GGGCCUCAGCGGUGACGUCAGCGCGGGGCGCGGCGGAAAGCCUGUGCGGGACGUUCUCGCGUGCACGAGACAUCCCGAGGAAACUGUUCACUCGAGUGUGUUUGUGUGUGCGAGAGAGUGUGUGUGUACGCGGAGGAUCCUCCAGAUGGCUGAUGUCCUCUCUUAAGGAGUUUCCCUCGAUGGAUCCGAUCACCAGCGGCGUGUGAGUGUUCAUGUUAGUCGUUUAGAUGGCUUCUGUUAUCGUCGCUCUGCUGUUGUUCUUCACUCAAAGCCCUUCACUGGCCACCGCUGACCCUGCUGACCCCCCCGCCUCGCGCCGCCUGCCCGACAUCAUCAUCAUCGGCGUGAGGAAGGGCGGCACGCGUGCUCUCAUCGAGAUGCUGAAUCUGCACAGUGAUGUGGUGGCGGCUCCGAGCGAGCUGCACUUCUUCGACUGGGACAGUCACUAUCUGCGCGGCGAGGAUUGGUACGUGUCCCAGAUGCCGCUCGCCCGGCCGGGUCAGCUGACGGUGGAGAAGACCCCGGCGUACUUCACCUCCGCCCGUGUUCCUGAGCGCAUCCGACGGAUGAUUCCCGACGCACGACUGCUGCUGAUCGUGCGCGAGCCGACCGAGCGACUGCUGUCUGAUUACACACAGGUGUAUCACAACCGUCUGGAGAAACACAAGCUCCAGCAGACGCUCGAGACGCUGCUGAUGCACCACGGAGAGCUCGACCUCCACUACAAGGCCUUGAACCGCAGUCUGUAUCACGUCCACAUGCGACGCUGGCUCCACGUGUUCCCCAGGAGCCACAUCCAUCUCGUGGACGGAGACGCGCUGAUCCGAAACCCUCUUCCGGAGAUGAAGAAGGUGGAGGAGUUCCUUCAUCUGGAGCCGCAGAUAAACGCCUCCAACUUCUACUUCAACCAGACCAAGGGCUUCUUCUGUCUGCGCGACCGCCGGCGCGAGCGAUGCCUGCACGGCUCUAAGGGACGCACACAUCCACGCCUCGCGCCUGAACUCCUGCGCAAACUCCACGACUUCUUCCACGAACCCAACCAGGAGUUCUUCCAGCUGGUCGGCCGGACGUUUGACUGGAAGUGAGGAGGAGCGGAUGGAGGAACUGGAACAUCUCGACUGUCGUAGCAUGAGACGAACGUAAUGUGACGAACUCAUUAUUAUAUGAUUAUGACGUUUAGUUUCUGACGAAUCGUUCACCGUGAGAUCUGGAGGUGAAUGGAGUUGGUUUUCAGAUCUGUUUAUCUUAUAUUCAGAUAUAUAGACUUGUGCGUGUGAAAUACAUCUGUUUCAUAUGUUAGUGUGUGACAGUGAUCAUCCAAAUACUGUUUUCCUGCUGCUAAGUUUAUAUCAGUCUGUGUUACAGAAACGUUCAUGAUUUAGUCUAUGUUUUCUGUUUAUUAAAUGUUUUAUAUGAAGGAAUCAUUCAGUAAUAAAGUUAUUUUUGCUAUGA